AUGAUGCGCUUCAUGUCCUAUGCUGCAAAUUACCAGGGCAAGAUCGAGUCUCAAGCGAAGAAAGAUAUCCUCUUUUCUCUGUCGUUGCAGGUGUGCUCAUCCCAAAUUCUGGCAUACACUAUAGAGGAGAUGCAAGGCUUCACAUGGCACGUGAACAUGCACUUUCAGUGGAAGACAUUCGUCUACGUGCUUUCCGAACUUCGAUACCGCACCUCAGGUCCAGAGGUGGAGCAAGCUUGGAAGAACGUUCAGCUCACCUACGAGUUACACCCAACGUUCGAUAAACGGCUCUCUGAGAGAGCUCUGCUCAUAGCUGUCAGCAAUCUGGCACUUCAAGCCUGGGAUGCCUACAUAGCCGCAAAUGGCAUGCCAAACGGAGGCGAGCCCUACUUUGUCCCGCUGCUUCGUAGCCGGCAAUAUCUUCACAAAGAGCCAAGAAGUUUGUCCAGGCAAACCGGAGCUUCCAUCACCAGCUCUGUACCUUCUUCCCGACCAAACGUGGUUAGAGACACGAACCCUAACGAGGUGAUGAGCGUCGACCACCUAGCCGCCUUUGUUUGGAACGCAGCGGACCUCAAUGCUAGCCUAGGCAUUCCAGUCGUCAUGCCAGACUUGGAUCCGCUCGAUUACCCAGAGGAUAUGAAUUGGUCAACCUGGGACAAUCUGCUUGUCGACUUCCAAACAAACGAUAACACAGUGUAUCCGCCCGAUAUUUCGUCAUUCACUUUCGAGGUGUGA